AUGACCAUCGAAAGCUGCUUGCAAAGAUGUCUUAAGAGUCCCCUAGGACAGCGAGAAAUCCCCGCGGGCUUUGAAGAUCCAACCUGGACUGAAGAACAGCGUAUGCUGCUGGGCUUUUGGCGAUUUGUGUACUGGAAUCAGCUCAAAAAAGACACGAAGAACAAUAGGUUACGAUGGUUUCGCCCCGACCUAGAAACACUGGAACAUUGGAGGCCGUAUGACGAUUGUCCAGCGGCCCUCGGCAAGCAGGCAUACACGGCACUCUUUUACAUCGAAGAUAUUAUCGCCCCGGGAGUGUUCAAAAGCGAGUUUGAUGCGUUACACUCGGAAUCAUUGGAAUUACCUCCUCUUCUUCCGGAAAAGGAGUUUGGAUGGAAGUGUCGACCAGCUUCCUCGUCGCUGGCUAUCACCCAACAUUGGCGACCGAGUGAGAAGUUUCGUGAACUGACUGCUCAUGAGAUCAGCGCGCAGAUGAAGCGAUUAUCUAGCACGGAGCAAGACACACUGUCCGGUCUUACUUAUGUGAGCCGCCCAAGACGCUUUUAUCAUGCAAGCUCAAGCUCUUUAUCUGAUUACUCCAGUCAAGAAGAGGAAAUUGACGAGUUAGAUGAGGAAAACGGAGAAGGCUUGGACUUGAGCGUUGAGACCGAUGACAGCCCACAGACUGGAAGGCAAUCACGUAGUCGCCCUUCUAGACCUGUCCACUGUACUCUGACGUACACUACCACGGAAGCGGAUACGGAAACCCAGCAUCAGUCAGUGUUAACACGUCGUCAUCCUUGGAACCCGCGCCCGGUGCGAAAAUUUGGCCCGCGAUACAAAACAAAAGAUGAGUCGUUGGACUUGGGGAGACCGACACUCGGGCUCCAAUUCUGGCGCAGCAUGUCUUUGAAUCCUGAAGGGGGACCUGCUCAAUUCAUGUGGUUUGAGGGCUAUAUCCGGUAUGGCUUUGCUCUCUGGGAAGAGAAGCGCAUGAUCGAUCUUGGCUUGUGGUCAGAUGGUGUCAUAGAAGAUAUGACGGAGUUUUACCAGCGAUGGUACUAUUUUCUUGAUGCAGAGGAUAUCUCCCGUUACAAGGUGAAGGCCAGCUUUUUUCUUUCCGACGAUGGCGAUAAUGAAUAA